CAUUCCGUCGCUAGGGGCUUAGCUCUGUAAACAAACGUUGAACAUUCUAGGUUUUUAAUUGAGUCGUUGCCAGCGAUCGUAAUGCCUGGACGUUCACUGGUUAUCGUGCGCUACGGGCCAUUCGAAUCGUGUGGAAUCGUGGACCACAGAACGUUCCGUCUGAAUGGCCUACAAGCUGCAUUACAAGUGUGUGGGUAUCAAACUAUCCUGGAGAAAACAUCUGACUGGAACAUAGUGGAACUUGUGGCCAAUGGAGAGUGUGUAUAUACAUGCAGCAUAAAAAUGCUGGAGUUUGGAGGAGAUGGGAAACUGGAUCCCCUGUGCAAGGAGGCCAUCACUGCUGUGAAGAAUGCAUACUGA